AUGGCAACAGUACAAAGAGAAAAACAAACACCUCAAUACCAACGACAAUUAAUGCAACAAACAUAUGAAGAUUCAAAAAUGAAAGGAACACUACCACAAAGCAUUGAAGAAUAUGGACUUUCAGGAGUAGAAAUAUUAUUAAGUGAUAGUAAUGAGCAAACAAUUGAUUCAUUAUUAAUGAAAGGUAUUGAUUUAAAUUCACUUGGAAUUGAUCUUUCUACUCCUAAACAUAUAUGUGGAUCAUUUAAUACACCAUUUCCAUCACUAAAGAAUAGUAUUCCAAAUUAUUAUCAUAUUGAAUCUAAAGAAAUUAAUGACCCUGGAGAAAGAAUUGGUGUAUUUAAAAAUGAACUUAUUUUGUUUUAUAUGUUUUAUGUAAUGGUUGGAGAAGAAAGUCAAUUAAAAGCAGCAAAACAAUUAAUGGAAAAGAAAUGGCGGUUUUCAAAUAAAUAUAAUAAAUGGGUAAUUCAAACUCCAAAUGGGUGGAUGGAAUUUGAUAGUACAAAAUGGACGAUUGUUCCAGCAUUAUCAUUUAAUCCAUCACAAGCAGAUUUUAUGACUCUUUAG